UUGUCAUCCUCCGCCCCCCCCUCCCCCAGCCUCGCCCACAGAAAGCUCAAAACAGCUGCCUGCACCUUUUCCCCCGCGGGCGCGCGCGCAACCUCGUCUGCAUACGUACUUGAUCCCUCCCGCCGCACCGCUCGUCGCACAUUCUUUGUCGCAGCCAUAACCCGCAUCCCUCCUGCCGAGUCGCCUCGCGACUGCCGCCGCCAUCAUGGAGCUCUCCGACAUCUUCCGCAUCGUUAACUUGGCCGUUGGCGCCAUCACCGUCAUGGGUGGUAUUGGCUCCAUCUUUGCCUUUUCGCUGUACGUCGUCGUCUCCAAGCCAGCCCCCCCUUUUCGAAUGCGCCGAACUGUCGCCCGCGGUGCCACAGGUAGCGGAUUGAGGGGGCCAUGCGAGCGCGUGCGGAGGACACCAGAGCCUGCUAACGCAUGACUGCAGCCAGGGCAUCGUCGUGGGCGCGUACAUGAUUGUCUUUGGUCUCUCGAUUGCUCUUCUGGAGUUCCAGAUUCCGCCUCAGAUCUCGCGAUACGCCUCGUUUCUCUUCUCCUUCCUCGGCCGAGGCAUCUUCUACAUCUUCCUCGGCUGCCUUAUCCUCGGAACCCACGUCCUACAGAAGAUUGCUGGUGGUAUUGUCGGCAUCGUCGGCAUCGGCUACGUUGUCCUCGAGUUCAUCCCCUCAAUUGAGCCUCCGAGCAACAUGCGCGAGGCCGACGUCGCAGGCUGGGGCGCCGAGCAGGUCUAG